AUGGAUGAGUUGGCCGAGGCGAUAGUCGCUUACAAAAUCGCUUUUAGUGACUGGCGGAAUAUUCGUUUCAGUGCGGAAGGCGUGAAUAAAGAUAAGAAGGAACUCUGCAUAUGUACUCCAGAGAUAAUCCUUCCGAGUUGUCGCUGGCGUGUCUGUACUUACAAGCGUGAUGCUCCCGCAGUGAUUCAAAACCUGAAGACGAAUUAUCAACGUUAUCUCGAAUUGAAGCAUGAACUAUCCGAACUUCGAAACUACGAAACCACUUCAUCAAUUCAAAAGCUUCGUUGUGAAACCAAAACGUCAAUAAAUACUUGGAUCAAGCAGCCUCAAUCAAAGGAAAAACAGAACGAACUAGAGCAGUUGUUUGUUGUUUCUGUCUACACGGAAGAUCUCAUGAGAAAAGUGUUCGAGGAUACCGCCAGUUGCGAGAUGAACUCAGAUCCGGAAUUCUUAUAUCAGAAGUUCAUCAGUGUCAUCGAAAUAAUGGGAAAUCAGGAUUUGCUAGAAUUGUGGAGAAUCGACUGCUCCGAAAUCAUUGAUGGAAAUCUUCACGAAGACAUUAACCAAGAAAUGCUUGAAUGUGAGAAAGUGGCGAAUUGGGCACAACGAUCAUGCCGCAAAAUUGAUUAUAUGUUCGCCGAGGGCAAGACGUUGACAGCCAAUUGUAAUAAAAUGUUUAAAAAAGCCAUUGAUGAUGUGGAUUACAACUCCCUAGUUGCUGCCUAUGAAAAAAUGAAAGAAUCGUAUUCCCUUACAAAUCGGAUUCUAGUAUGCGCUGUACCAAUCUGCUUUCAACUAGAGGAGCUCAAUGAGAAUUCAUAUUUCAUUCAAACCAAGGCCAAACUCUAUUGGACUUACGCACUCGAUCCCCGAAGAACUGUACGAAGAAUGAAAUACAUCGCCCAGAAGUCCCACAGAAUUUGCUUGCCCUUCAGAGAUACUAUUCUUCCUCUGUGGGCUGCAAAGAAAUCCGAGCUGCUUCGAAAUAGAAAAGAUGAAUGGGACAACGGCAGUUUUAAGGAGUUUGUGUCGAAAAUGCAACAAGUUCUUUGGACUUUGAAGGAUAUCAAUGACAAUCGUCAUUUUGUAUCGGACAUGGACGACAUCAAUGAUGUGGUGAUGUCAAAACACUUUGAGGAGCUGAUCACCCAAGCUUGUGAACCUGAUGAAGAGCUACCAUACAUUAAACCCCGUACUGUAUCAUUGGAAGAAAAAUUUGAGAAGAGGCAACAACAAUACCUCCGGAAAUUCAAAAAAGCUGCAAAAGGAAAACGACAGCCCGAGAAUUUAGCAGAGGAAGUGGAAGCCUUAGCUAUAAUUGCGCACUUCCAGAAUCUGCGUGAUGAAAACGGAAAAAGAGAGCAAGGAUGGCCUAUGAACUUUGAAAAUGCUCAGAAAAAUUUGCGUGAAAAAGAAGAAGAGUUGAAAUUAUAUAUGGAUUCAUUAAAAGGCAAUACCAUUCCCUUGAAUCUUUUCGAUCAAGGAAACCGCCCAUUCGAGGGCGUGAUCAAGCCAAGGCGCGCACAAGAAUGUGAAAAAAGCACAACACUCUAUGAGGAGUUGCUGGCAGCAGCGAUUAACGACAAGAAUUGUUCAGCGUAUCAGGAAUUAAGCGACGAGCAAAUGAUUGCUUUAAUUGAAACAAAUGGAGUGAAUGGUGUGAAUGCUUUAAACGCAGAAGCAGAGAAUGCUCCUCUUGAUGAUGCUAAUGAUGCCAACAAGAAGAAAGAAGGAUUCAAAGUUGGAGAUAUGACUGUGGCGACCGCACCAGAACCUCAACCCGAAAGUGUUCAAGACAAAAACGAAAAACCAGAUGGAGAGCCAGAAGCCAAAAAACCAAGACUUGAAACUAACACCGUGGUUGACAUCAGCGUGGCUAACUCUGAGAGCACUCUUCGUGGCAGUACUAACUCUAUUUUCCCAAACAUGCCGUUUUUCCCAACUGUCUUUGAUGAUGAGAACGAUUUUGCAAUUCCGCGACUGCCAGAAAUCAAUUUGAAGAGAAAGAAAGUUUUGAAGAAAAAGAGAAGUACGAAGAGAAAGAGAGAUUUGAAUGAGAAGAAAGACAAAAUGAAUGAUCUUCCCAAACCUGCAAGCAUUAAUCACAACAUUCAAGCCGGAUACAAUGCUGCUCUCAGAAAUCUCAUCUAUCCAGAUGGACUAAUUGAUGCAGACGGUUUUGCUAUCCCUGCUUUACCUUCGGAAUCGAAAACUCCAAGUGGAUGUAAAAUCAGAAUCAAAAUUAACAGAGACAAUGACAUCAUCGAAUAUGAAAAUGUUAAAAGUAUGAGGUUCGGGGUAAUUUCAUUUUGGCAAAAAUAUGUUCCAGAAAACGAUGGGCAGGUGCUUGAAAUAAAGGAGACAGACACUUCUUUCAAUGGGGAUCUAGAUCAGAAACUAUUCGCUCCUAUCACCAACGCAACAUAUGAGAACCUUGAGCCUGUUUCUCCAGUUCAAGUCCCGCAGCCAGAACCUAAUGUCUCCUGGAUUGAUGAUAAUUCCCAAUAUCCAAAAGAUACUCUCAGUGAAAAUGGCACUGAUGAAGUUUACGUUCCUGAUAGCGAUACUCCAGAAGGUCUUGGAGUCUUGCAUCCAAUGCCCAAUCAAACAGAGAUUCAUUGUGAAAACAACGAUAUCGACAAAGAAAACGAACACAACGGUCCCUACAUUCAAUACCACUUCGACACAGAAGAGUAA